AUGACGGAACAAGUGAUAGAUCCAGCUAAACCUAUCUUGACAUUUAAAGAUGAGGUAUUAAUUGUUCAGGGCCAUAGACAAACAUAUGAACAACCAGAUGAGAUAGCUUUUGAAAUCCUCGAAAAAGCCCUUUAUGAUGAGGGAAGAGGGCCACCAAGAGCUCCCAGUGGAGAUCCCAAAGACACCAAUCUUCUUUCAUUUCAACAAUUGUCCUUACUCGAUCUUCAACGGUUCUUGUCAUUUUGCGGUCCAGUCAACGGCCCAGAUGAAUCUGUGGUUUACAAUGAAAGAACAGGCGCCAGUAUUCUCAGAGUAACAGAUGCUUAUCUCCGUCAGAUAUGUCUAUUCAUAAAUAGCCAUUCACCAAUCCGAAAUACGCGCGAUGAUUAUCCAACAGUGGCUUAUUUACCUCACAACUUUUGGGCUCCACCGACUAAUCCGCCCACAGAAGAAUAUAUAGAAGAUAGGGCGAAAUUCAUAAGGACGAAGGCACGCCUUCCACCUCAAAGACUUAGAGCUCUUACCCACUUGUUCAUUCAUAUCACACCAUUUCCGACGAAUCUUGCUGUGAAACCAGACAGUGCACUGUUAGUAGUAACUCCUAGAGCGGCUACAAUAGAGUACUUUGAUUAUAUGGAUCACCCUGAUAAACAUUAUAUAAUAGGUGAUAUUAUGAAUGUGAUAUCUCGUGUGGAUCCAGAUCGAGAUAGCACAUGGCUUGAGUUCGCAGAUUGGAAAUGUAGAACUGGAGAGAAUUGGGGAGCAUAUGAUGUCUCGGACCGACCGCCUGUAAGAUUGAGAGGAAGUCAAAUUCACGUUUGCACAGAUGCUCUUGGUCAAGCUUUUGGACAUAAUGUUCGUAUGGAUUACCCAAUGGCUCCCGGGGAAUUGAUGAAUUUCUAUGGCAAAGUAUAUGAUUUCGUGAACUGGAGAAAAGCAAUGAUUAUCGCGAUCGAUCUUUAUCUUGGUUAUUUCUCAAAUGUCAUUACGGAUCGUCAAUUUAAACCUCGAGUUAAGAGAAUCUUUGGUCAUCGUCCAUAUAAGGAGGGGGAUAAUCAACCUUGGAUAGAUGAUACGAGACAGAGAAGAGGGGUACUCGAUGCUCAAUGGAAUGCAUCGAACAUUUGGAGAGGACUCGAUGAAAUGGAAUUGAUUGAGAAAGCUAGAAUAAGAGAGGGAAAUCCUAAUAGGUUAGGUAGAUAUGAUGAUAUGCCCACCGGAGCUGAAUUAGGAGAAUUUGGAAAAGAGAUGAAGGGAAGAAGGACAAGAAGAUUGAGGAGAUGGUUAGAAGAUCGAGAUGCUGAUGAAGGCCACAGAGUAACUCGUUAUCAUAAAGAUACAGAGACGAUCGGAUGGGUAAUUGGUGGAGGAUUGUAA